AUGGGUAGUCUAUCUAGGGACAGAGUCGUGCCUUCUAGACAUUUCGAGAAGGUCGGAUUAGAUUUCGCAGGAUCUAUAAUCACAAAACCUAAUUUGAAAAGGUCAAAGGUGACUUUAAAGUCUUAUAUUGCAUUAUUUAUCUGUUUUUGCACUAAAGCAGUGCAUUUAGAAGUCGUUUCUGAGUUAACAACAGAAGCUUUUCUAGCCUGUUUACGACGAUUUAUUGCCAGAAGAUCCAAACCAGCCGUUAUCUGGAGCGAUAACGCCACGAAUUUCAAAGAUGCGAGAAAUAUUCUUAACGCAUAUAACGAUAUUUGCAAAUCUAACCCAAUUCAAGGAUUUAGUGCAGAAGAAGGGAUCCAAUGGAAAUUUAUCUCACCAGCUUCUCCUCACUUUGGCGGACUGUGGGAAGCAAACAUAAAAUCAGUGAAACGGAUUUUGUUAAGGCUAGCAAAAUCAGCUAUCAUGAAUUUUGAAGAGUUAACUUCUUUAGUUACUCAGUUAGAAGCAGUUCUGAAUUCCCGUCCAUUAUCACCACUUUCUUCCGAUCCGAAUGACUUACAGCCUUUAACUCCGGGACAUUUUUUAACAGGAAAUGCUAUGUUGUCCUUUCCUGAACAACAUACUGCUUCGGAUUCUCUUUCUUUUCAUUCCAGGUGGGAACUAGUUCAGAGACUCCAAGCUACAUUUUGGAAGAGGUGGCAUUCCGAGUAUCUAAAUCAACUACAGAAUCGUGCCAAAUGGAGCAGUUCGCAGCCAAACAUGCAGAUUGGUCAACUAGUACUGCUGAAGGACUCCAACCCCAAUCCUUGCAUUGCCUUGGGUCGCAUCCAACAAGUGUAUCCUGGUGCUGAUGGGUCUGGUCAGAGUAGUUGA